UCAUUUGAAUCAGUAAGACUAUUGUUGGUUGAAUUUGUACAAACAACGAAUGAAUUAAAAAAUUUCGGCGGAAGUAAAAAACAUCCAAACUGAAAAAUUGGAAUCGUUAUAGCAAUACCAGUUGUUUCACUUAAAGGCAUUAAUUGUCCAACCUUUUCGGCUACCAAUUUCGUUUCUUUAUCAAUCAUAAUCGUAUCGUUUUCUCGUAUUGACCAUUGAUCUGAUGUAUAUAUAAUAAUUAUUAGUAUCAUUAAUGUAUGAAUUUUAGUCAUCAUUAGUUCUAAAAAAUUUCAAAGUAUUGGAAAUUUCCCCGGACUCUUCUCUACAUUUUUUGAAGUUUCAAUUCCAAAAAUUCAAUUAGUCUCUCUCAACUCAAACUUCCGUUUACUUCACUUGCCACUUUGUGUAGACUGUUGUGAUUGACUUAGCUUAUAUAUACUGAACUGUGAUAAAGGAACGCACACUAUAUUAGUUUAAGUAAAAAGAAGACAAAUUAUACAAAAUAUAGUAGUAUAUUUAUAUGUGCUCUUGGAUUUAGGAAUGUAUUGAUGAAAUAAAUAUAUAUGUUAAGAUAUCAGUUUUUUCCUGACCUUUAUCUUGAUACUUUUUCAUAUUCGCAUGAGUUCAAUAAAAAAAAAGGCAUUAACGUUUUCAUUGUAUAGAAAUAGUUCAAUUUAUAUUUAUUAUUUCUGGAAAAAUUUUACUAAUUUCACUGAACUUUUCUGGCGUGAUAGGUGGGCGGUUAAUCUUCCACAAGAAAAUUUGUUUUUAUGAAAAAGGUAUGCGUGUAACAGAAAUAGCUAAGGAACAACGUUUCCGAGUCAUAGUUCUCUCCCUGCAAGACCAAAAAAAGCAGGAGCUACGAAUAAAAUUUAAUAUUCCCAUAAUGAUUUGUGAAGUUACGUAUAACUGAAAUUUUUUGAUAUAUAGAUCGUUAAAGAAAAUCUUCUAAUUAAUAAUGCAAAAUAAUACGUGAGCAGAAAACCUAAUCUCUAUUCACUUCUAUUUAAACAAAUUAAUUCUAAUUUUAGGCAAAAGUCAAAAAUGUUGGCUGACAAAAUAUAAUUAUCAGCUAUUAAACAUAACACGUUUUUCGAUAUGAGAGUCAUAAGUUCGUUUUGCUUAUGAGAAAUAGAAUAGUGAGUGUAUCAUGCUGAUUCGGUAGGCAUCAGUCCUACUCGACAUUUGCAUUAUGUUACACCUCAAUUCUGUAUUAUAGCAAAUCGUUUAUAUUCCUUCCGAUUCAAGGUUUGAAGUCGAUGCCAACCUCGAAUAUGAGCAAAACGACUUUUAGCGAUAGAAAACGAGUAAAACAAUUUUGAGCAAAAAAUUAGUUAAGCAAAAGGACUUUGAGCAAAUGGAAGAUGCGCAAAUCUGUUUUAAGCAACUACAAAAUGAGCAAAAUUUCUUUCAUCAAAUUUUUAUUUUGAGCAAAAAUGAAAAGUACAUUGGUGGAAGUGAAUAAAACUUUUAUCUUAUUUUAUAGUUCGAGCGAGCAACGCAGCGUCGUUAUGGCGUUGUUCAACAAUAAACUUUUAAAUUGAUUUAAUUUCAACUCAUUACUCAUUGCAUAUCAACUCAUUAAUAAUAUUGGGAAGGUUGAGUCUUUGGUUUUGUUUCAGCAUCGUUUUCUUCCCUAAAAUGAUAUGUCACCUUUCACUAAAUAAUGACGCAUCGAGUAAUAAUUAUCAACUGCUGGGAAAAAUGAUACAGUUCUACUAUAAAAAUGAUCCAUACAUAAUCUAUCAUUCACUUUAUUAUUAUUAUUCACUAUUAUUCACUUGCUCAUCUUCCAUUUGCUCACAGGGUAAGUCAUAUCGCUCAAAUUUUUUUCCAUUUAGGUUUGUUUUGGGAUUUAAUGGCAAAAUUAACUAUACCAUUAAGUUUAUCAUUUAUUGUGUUAUUUUUUUUAUUUGAUUAUUAUGUUGAAUGUAAUUCCGAUGUUUGUUCUGCGCUGGAUUCUUACCAUUCAUCGGUAUUUAUAUGUUGUGGUGAUCUAGAUGCGGAUAAUUGUGGAACAACAAUCCAUGAUUGUGCUGCUAUUAGUGAUUUAGCGUCAUUUUUUAGUGUAAAUUUAACAUCUGAUGAAAGAAACGUUUUUGGUCACCCAUAUCUUGUUAGUGCAUUUUUUUUUCUAAAUACAUUUGAAUAA